CAGAUUUGGCUCCAGAUAUAAACACAGAGAUCCUCUCUGGCCCCGUUGCUCACUUCACUGUUAUCACAACUAGCAGGCAGUUUGCUCCAAGUGGCCGAAAAAACAGGAAAAAAGCAGGAGGGAACGAUCUUUGGCACAUUCCCCAGGAUGGAGAAGGAUUCUCCAUCCAAGCCAUCUGUGGCUGAGCUGGCUGGAAGGUUCAAAGGUCAUAUUCUACCAAUGCCCACCUCAAAUGAUGAGUUGCAUUUUCGAAGAAGACCUCCUUCGUCCCUAAAGUUGCAAAAUCAAAAAGAUGAAAAUGAAGAAUCAGAUAAAACGAUUGUCUCCCCAAAUCCCUUUAAAAUCAAGAUGAAGAACUCCCCCAUCAUUGAGAAACUUCAGUUCACACGGUGGGCAGCCAUGGGACAAAAGGGCUGCCGCUUCUCUCUCUUCCUCUUCUCCCCAGUGCAGGCCAAUCUUGCUCUGUCACCCACUGCUCUGCUGCCUUCACCCAAGAGUCCUGAGGUGAAGCUCCAGCCGGCACCGUUGUCUCCCACCCCACCCUGCAGUCCUCUGAGCCCCCUGAGCCCCACCCUGCGGCCUUCACAUCUGUCCAGUGAAGAGGAGGAUACCGUCAGCUUUGAAAGCCCUCCUGAAGGCACCCCACUGCCAAGCAUUAACAAGACUCGUGCACGACUAUCAUUCAAGAGGCGCCCGCCCACGAGACAGCACAGAAGGUCAGCUAGAGAGGAGGCGGGAGCCUUUGGGACUGCUCUGUCCCCAUGUGAACUGUACAGCCCAAAAGAAAAUGGGGACAUGGACCAGGUUUUCGACAGCCCAGCAGAGGAAGCUGAAUAUGGACAGCCAGCCAGUCUGAAAGAAGCUGAAGAGAAGGACAGGGACUGUGAACAAACAGAGGAUGAGGUAGCAAGGAGUGACCCAGAUGACAGGCAACAUCUGGAGGAGAAGGAGGAGGAGGAAGCAGAACAAGCCCAAAGUUCGAAGAUUUUCGAGGAGGAACAGCAGCUUUCAGAGCCUUGCCCUGUCCAGCAGAUAGAGGGCGAUGUUAGUACAGAUAUAGGGCAGGAGGAGAUGCCUCAAGAGAAACAGCAAGGGGGAAAUGACAUGGUGUAAGCUGUGAAUAUUUAUGUAAGAAAAAAACAAACACAUUUAUGAAUAAGUUAUUUAGUGCUUUGAUUAAGAGAACUCUUUGAAAAAUACUCCUCAUAAAAAGAUCUUCUGUUUUAAAUGUCUUGGUACCUGUUCUGAUUUAAGUCCCUCGGUCGCACUCUCCUGGCUGUCUAUGGAACAGUGGAGAGUACUAUAAACACUGUAGAGUUGUGAGAAGCCGCCGGUCUCUGCACAUGGAAAUAUGCAUCAGUUUAUACCAUAUCCAUUAUUAGGCAGAGGAAAUUUGUGUCAUAUUGUACAGAGUCUGCAAUUUUCAAGUCAAAGACAUGUUUAAGGGUCCACUUCUUUGUCGUGCGCACAGGACUUUAGAAAUACUGAAUGCUGGGUUGAAAAAAAGACAACAAUAUUAUUAGUCUUCACAUAUAUGCUAGCAGAAAUAUCAAAUGUUUUGACAUCAUACCAAAUCACAAUCACUUUAGGUUGAAAUUAUGUUAUUUGCUUAACUAGUUUUCUCUUGAUGUAUAUGGGUCUACUUCUCUGCUUGUCUUUUAUUUUGUAAUGCUACAAAAUAUCUAAAUCACAGAGCUACUGUGGAGUUGGGUCUUCAGUAGUUAUCUACAGAAAUGUUAAGAAAAUAAACAGCCUCUUUCUUAUGUAAGAAAAAAAGUUAAAUUGUUUGGUCAAAUGUUUGGGUUGAAAGAAUCAAUAUUAUUGACAUAUUUAUAAGGCAUACACUGUGUAAGAAAGCAAGUUUUGAACAUUAAAAUGUCUCAGAAAGCUGCACAACAUAA